GGCCACAGAAACGAAUCGAGCGCGCCAAUGAUCGGACGGAUCCAAUAAAAAACCCAAAUAUAGAGCCCACUCUAUAGCCGAAAGCAACCCAACUGUGAUACCAAACGAACACACAAUCCAAAGAUGUCUGCUGCUAAUAAGGUUAACCACUUGAUCGGCGCGACUACGCGUUAUAUCGCCGGACGGAAUGCGAUGCAGACGGUCUACUGGAGAACCUCCGCCGGACCCAAUCCCCGGAUGUUGAAGACCAACAAGCUGCAGAACUUCGAUCGCACCCAAAGGGCGCCCCAGAGUGUCCGGCAGCAGAACUACGAUCGCACCUACAUCCGGGAUUAGUGGAGAAGCUAGUGAACUAGUUUUAGCUUCCGACCUUGACAUGUUCCUAAUGUCGCGAUAGACAUCAUUUUUGUUGGGCACUUUGUAUUUAUUAUAUGGAGUAUUUUCUAAGGCGAUAAUCGCUAUCGUACGAAUUAGAGUUAAUCGAAUCCAAAUCAGUCCGGCGCUACGACUUUUCAUGUACCUUGGCAUUAUAUAAAAAAAACACACAAACCAAAGAUUAAAUAAAUGCAUUCUAGCGCAUAGUUAAGAGAA